AGCAGUCAGCCGCCGUCUUCCUCACGGAGCCUUUGGCAAGAGGAGCCGAUCGAGGACUUGGGGCGGCGUUGGAGUUUGCGGUGCCGUCCGCAUCUUGCGUGGGGGGCGGCGGCGGCAGAAGUCUCGGGGUUGCUUAGUUCCGGGCAGGACCACCGACCGGAAAGCCCUCUUCAGCGUCUCUCCGCUCCUCCUCUGCCCCUCGGCUGGAGAGGAGGCUAUGCGGGGCAGGGCGUGAGAGCGGCGGGGGCGGACGCAACCCGUUCCUCCUCGUCCAUGGAAGCGGGUUGAAUUGGUUUUGAAUUGUUUUGAAGAGACAUCCAUUCAUCUGACUUGGAAGGUCAAACAUCUACAUAAAUGCAGUAUUUUAGUGUAAAAGAAGACUGCAAAGCUAUGGCUUUCUGUGCAAAAUUGAGAAGCUCCAAGAAAAAUGAAGUGAACACAGAAGCUCAAGAGCAAGGACUUGAAGUAGCAUUCUAUUUACAAGAGAAGUCUUCUCUUUUGUAUACAUGUGGCAAGUAUACAGCAGAAGAACUUUGCAUUGAAUCUGCCCAGAAAUGCUCUAUAUCACCAUUGUGCCACAAUCUGUUUGCGCUCUUUGAAGAAAGCAGAAACUUGUGGUAUGCACCAAAUCAUGUCUUCCAGAUAGAUGACAAAACAACACUCCGGGUUCAUUAUCGCAUGAGGUUUUACUUUACUAAUUGGCAUGGGACAAAUGAAAAUGAGCCAUCUGUCUGGAGACAUUCUCCGAAGAAACCAAAGAAUUCUUAUGAGAAGAAACAAGGAACACCCCUCCUUGAUGCAAAUUCAUUAGAAUAUCUCUUUGCACAGGGACAGAAUGAUCUGGUAAGAUGUUUUGCACCUGUUCGGGAUCCUAAAAACGACCAGGAAACUCAUGAAAUUGAAAAUGAAUGUCUGGGCAUGGCUGUACUUGCAAUCACGCACUAUGCAAUUAAGAAAAACCUGAGGUUGCCAGAACUUCCCAAGGACAUCAGCUAUAAACGGUAUAUUCCAGAAACUCUGAGCAAGAAUAUUAGACAGAGGAAUUUAUUAACCAGAAUGCGAAUAAACAAUGUUUUCAAGGAUUUCCUUAAGGAAUUUAACAACAAGACCAUCUGCGACAGCAGUGUUUCUCCACAUGAUCUGAAGGUGAAAUAUUUGUCAACAAUGGAGACACUAACAAAGCAUUAUGGAGCAGAAAUCUUUGAGGCUGUCUCAUUGCGGGUUUCAUCAGAGAAUGAAAAAAAUUUGGAGGACUCUACUAUCAUCCCAAAUUAUGACGUGAUGGUGACAGGCAAUCAGGGAAUUAAGUGGCGGCUUAAACCAUAUGUUACACAGAGUGAUAAAGAAAAACAUAAAAUAAAGAGGAAAAAAACAGACAGUAAAGUCAAGAAAAAUGAAGAAAAAAGGAAGAGGGAGGAAUGGAACAGUUUUUCUUACUUUCCUGAAAUUACUCACCUUGUGAUCAAGGAGUCCGCUGUCUGCAUCUACAAGCAAGAUAAUAAAAGAAUGGAAUUUAAACUGUCUUCACGUGAGGAAGCCUUGUCAUUUGCUGCUUUGAUAGAUGGAUACUUCAGGCUUACUGCAGAUGCUCAUCAUUAUCUCUGCACAGAUGUCGCACCACCCUUGAUAGAACACAAUAUUAAAAAUGGCUGCCAUGGUCCCAUUUGCACGGAUUAUGCCAUCAACAAGCUGAAGCAAGAAGGCAAUGAGGAGGGGACAUAUGUCCUAAGGUGGAGUUGUACAGACUUCAAUAACAUCCUCUUGACAGUGAUAUGUAAUGAAUACUCACAGUUGCUAAAUACUCCCAAACAGUACAAAAACUUCCAGAUUGAAAUGAAUAAAGAUGGAUGUCUCCUGCAUGGAUCCGAUAAGUUCUUUCCAUCUCUGAAGGAAUUGAUGGACCAUUUAAAAGGGCAGCUGCUUAGAACAGACAAUAUAAUAUUCACACUUAAGACAUGUUGUCAGCCAAAGCCAAGAGAAAUCUCCAAUUUGCUAGUGGCUACAAAGAAAUCCCAAGAAUGGCAACCAAUAUGUCCUUUAGGUCAGCUCAGCUUCCAUCGAAUCCUUAAAGAAGAAAUAGAACAAGGUGAACAUCUUGGGAGAGGAACAAGAACACAGAUUUACUCUGGCAUUCUUCGUUAUAAGGAUGAUGAAAGUUAUCACAGUGAAAAGGCAAUGAAAGUUCUUCUUAAAGUCUUGGAUCCCAGCCACAGAGACAUUUCUCUGGCAUUUUUUGAGACAGCAAGCAUGAUGAGACAAAUUUCCCACAAGCACAUUGUCCUUCUCCAUGGAGUUUGUGUCCGCGAUGUAGAAAACAUUAUGGUGGAAGAGUUUGUUGAAUUCGGGCCUCUGGAUCUCUUUAUGCACCGCAAGAGUGAUAUGCUUACAACUCCUUGGAAAUUUAAAGUAGCAAAACAAUUGGCAAGUGCAUUAAGCUAUCUGGAGGACAAGGAUUUAGUACAUGGAAAUGUGUGCACAAAGAAUAUACUGUUGGCAAGAGAAGGAAUUGACAACGAAUAUGGACCUUUCAUAAAACUGAGUGACCCAGGAAUUCCAAUAACGGUGCUGAGUAGACAAGAAUGUGUUGAACGUAUCCCCUGGCUUGCACCAGAAUGUGUUGAAGACACAAAAAAAUUAAGUGUGGCAGCAGAUAAAUGGAGUUUUGGUACAACAUUGUGGGAAAUUUGCUACAAUGGAGAAAUACCACUUAAAGACAAGACGUUAGCAGAGAAGGAGAGGUUUUAUGAAGGGCAUUUCACGCUUCCAGCCCCAUCUUGCAAGGAGCUAGCAGAUCUGAUGAAGCAAUGCAUGCAUUACGACCCUAAUCAGAGGCCAUUCUUUAGAGCAAUUAUGCGAGAUAUCAACAAGCUAGAAGAACAAAAUCCUGAUAUUGUCUCUGAGAAGAAACCUAAUGCAGAGAUUGAUCCCACCAUUUUCGAAAAACGUUUUUUGAAGCGGAUUCGUGACUUAGGCGAGGGUCACUUUGGCAAAGUCGAACUCUGCAGGUAUGAUCCUGAAGGUGAUAAUACAGGAGAACAAGUGGCAGUAAAGUCGUUGAAACCUGAGUGCGGUGGGAACCAUAUUGCUGACCUAAAGAAAGAAAUUGAAAUUCUGAGGAACCUUUAUCAUGAAAACAUCGUAAAAUACAAAGGAAUCUGCACAGAAGAUGGUGGAAAUGGAAUUAAGCUUAUAAUGGAGUUUCUUCCUUCUGGAAGCUUAAAGGAAUAUCUCCCACGAAACAAGAGUAAGAUCAGUCUGAAACAACAAUUGAAAUACGCUGCACAAAUCUGCAAGGGAAUGGACUAUCUGGGGUCUCGACAAUAUGUUCAUAGAGACUUAGCAGCAAGGAACGUUCUCGUUGAAAAUGAGCAGAGAGUAAAGAUUGGGGACUUUGGACUAACCAAAGCAAUUGAGACUGAUAAGGAAUACUACAAAGUCAGUGAUGAUCGAGACAGCCCUGUGUUCUGGUAUGCUCCUGAAUGCUUACUACAGAGCAAAUUCUAUAUUGCUUCAGAUGUUUGGUCUUUUGGAGUGACCCUCUAUGAACUAUUGACCUAUUGUGAUUCUGAAUGCAGUCCAAUGGCAGAAUUUUUGAAGAUGAUUGGUCCAACUCAAGGCCAGAUGACAGUCACACGGCUUGUGCGUAUAUUGACAGAUGGCAAGCGCUUGCCAUGUCCUAAAAACUGCCCAGAAGAGGUUAACCAACUGAUGAGGAAGUGUUGGGUACAAGACCCAGGCGAGAGGACAACCUUUCACAAUCUGAUUCAAGGAUUUGAAGCACUUAUAAAAAUGUAAUCCAAAGUUUUUAUACUGUUACCUUUAAAUAUUUGAAAAUAUAUAUAUAAGGCCCUUUAUUACCUGUUGUAAUUUUGUACUUUGGUAAUGCUGUGUUUAAAAGGGUGUCUUCUGUCCAAGAGGGUUUUCUUUUUGAAUAGUAAACCCUUGGAUCCAAAUAAUGAAAGCAAGCAGCAGGAGCAGGAAAUGGUGUUGAGUACUUUUCCAAUCAAUAUCUAUGCUACUCUUACAACUGUCAGCGUUCUACCAUUUAGGAUCUGAUUGGUAUUUCAAAAGAAUCUUGCAGCAUUGGUGAUGUUCACUCAGCUUAAAUUGUUUUGAGAACUGUGACCUUAUACUAAGAGUUUUAGUUAUUUGCCUAUAUGCAAUUUGAAUCAUGCUGGACUGAAAAACAAAAGCUGUUAUCACAGAACAGUAUCAUGGCUCAGUGGUUAAGGUGUGAGAUGUUGCAUUAAACAUUUUGUGGAACUAAAAUGAACGAGCAGAAAUUUUUAUGACAGCCUUAAAAGAGAGCAUUAUGUAGGAAUGCAAGAUGACUGUUUCAAUAGGGGUUCUGAGGCGCACAACUAUUUCUACAGAACCAAGGGCGCUUUGGCUCUCUAUUCCUCAAACAUCUGCUGUCCUAUGCCACAUAGUGAAUCACCAUGAACUUGCAUAAAGUUUCCAAAGCAUUUUGUUAUGGAAUUAAUGCCUGCUGUUUCAAGUGGAAAAUGUGAAAAACAACAAAAUAAUCGCCCAAGAUAUGCCCAAGCAUUUGGGCAAACCUAAAGUAGCUGUUUCAGUCCUAGCCUAUAUUUCUCUUGGUAUGUUUGUUGCAUUUGUAAACUGCCUCUAGUAUGUUCAUUAAAAUUUGAAUGUACAAUCAGCACUUCAUAUAGGAAGUUUCUCCUCUGUAGUUCCAAAUUUCUAAUACGUGCUAAAAGUCAGGUCACUCAAAGAUCCUCUUUAAUGUUUCAUUUAUUUACUUCUCUUUAAAGAGAUCUCUUGUCAUUUGAAGUGCUGCUUCAUAAGCCUGUUGCUUGGCAUGCAGUCAGUCUUAGAAUGUCUACCUGAAUUUUACAUGCUCGUUUUGGGGAGUUUCAACCCUAGGGGGACUUUACCAUGGCCAAGAGCCAGUGUGCUCUUGGCCAAGAGCCAUGGUUGGUCACUAACCCCUUAGCAGCAAAUGGUUAGUGAGUGUGUUUAAACUGUGGGUUAGGAAUGGUUUACAUGACAUGCUAAGCCAUAAUAUUUAGCUCAAAAUGCUUACCUACUGUGGCUUAGCAUGUAUUCAGAAUAGGGUCAAUGACUAUUCCCAAAACAGCAAGUUUUGUUUGCUGACAAAAUAUUUUAAUCGCUAUGAGAUUUUCUGUUAAGAGUGGAUGUUUUUUGUCCUUACCUUACAAUGUAGGAUUUUAAUAAAUCAACCUUGUUUGUCACCAAGCGUGAUGCAAAAAAUAGUCAUUCAGAGGAAAGAGUACUGAGGAAUAUAUAGAAGGAACUCUUUAACUCUUGUGCAUGACAGCAUUUAGGCCUAUUAUCAUGUAGCAGAUUGUCAAACAAAACAAUUAACUGGAGUGAUGGCUGUAACUGUCUCUUGAAGCCGUAAGGAUAAACUGAACAUGGAUUCAGUUACUGUAUAUGAAUUUCACUCUGGAUUCCAGCACACACUGUGUGUGCCUAAGGAUAUUACAAGAGAUAAAAUAAACCAUAACUAUAGAGGGGAUGUGUGUAUUAUUCCUGCCAUAAAAGAAAUAGGUGAUGAAAGCUUAACAGCACCAGGGAAAGUAGGGAGAUGAUUAGUGUAGAUUCAAUGAAAUCAAUGCAACAUUAGUUAUGACUAACUUAUGUUCUUUGAUUUCCAUGGGUCUACUCUAAGCCUGACUAAGACUAGGUCCAACCCACAAAAUUUGAUCAACCCUAGUGUUUUUAUUUCUCUGGCUUGGGGCCAUAAUGCAUGAGUGACGGAACUAUACUUUUCCCUUAUGUGAAUUCUCUUGUCUUUUACAGGUGAAAGUAUAAAAUGGGCAUUGUUUUUGUUCAGUUUAGAGCUAUCUUUCAGUAUUGCCUGUUUUUGCUGUAAUCCAAUUAUGGUAUAUGCACUUUGUUAUUCUUUAUAUAAAAAAAUAAAGAUUUUAUCCAUGAAA